GGUGGGGUUAGUCUGGCAUUUAUAGCCGGGAAUUGUUCCGCAUGAGCCUCUUGUGAGUGUCACUGUGUGAAUGUCGGAAGAACUUCGUGUCUCGCAUGAAGGCAAUCAGCAGUCAUUGCGCCCUAUUCCUGAUUGCCGCAGGCCCUCCGGGGAAAACGACGUCUUCAAUGGUUAUAUGCGAAAGACUAUUGUUUUGCAGGCUGUCGACCAUCGCUUUACUUUCUAUGUCGAACUGCGUGCUUAUCCAAAUGUUCGAUGUCGGCGAUCUCACCACACAAGGCACGCAACGGGGAAGUGCAUCGUCCAGUCUUGAAUAACCAAGCCGGGGUGGACGCGGAGUCGGUUCGGAUGCGGUACAACGGCGUUGCUUCUUCCCGAAGACAAGCACACCGCGGCGAUGGAAUCCUGCUGGACCCGAUGCCUACCGAGGUCCGUCAACAGGCAGCUGCUGCCGCUGAAGGCCCACUUUUUUCUCUACCUUGCAGGACAAGCAUGCGUGUACCCGUACCUGGCCGUGAUCGGGCGACAGGUAGGAAUAAACGCUGCCAUGAUUGCUGUCAUCUUCUCCCUAACGCCACUGGCCGCUGUCAUCAUAAAGCCCCUGUGUGGAUUUGUCAUCGACCGGACGCAAAACGCCACUGCCGUAAUUGCCUUCCUUCAAACCAUCUUGGUCGUCUCCCAUGGGGUUGUUUUCUUCAGCCCCAGCUUCAAGGCCCACGCCGAUAGUUUGUUCACCGGUUACAUAAACUGCAACUCUAGUCAGCUGAUGGUAUCGAACGCAAGUUCGGCCUCUAGCGUUCUCUCCGGGGCUCGCGAAAGCGCCCCGCUUUCCUGCAACCUGACAGUGAUUGAAGACGACUAUUCAGUGAACGUCACCAGUGCCUCGUAUACCCUGGUUAACUUGAGUGGCCUGUCCGACAUAUGCAUCAAUGCGUCGGUUAACGAGAGCGUUGCCAGUGAAAUUUACGCCGCCCUGCGUUGUCCAUCCGAUGCCACUCAGUACGACGGCAAGUUCUGGAUCUACACCAUUUCGGUCGUCGUCGCUUGGGCGUCUUCGGCAACUCUGUACACCGUCACGGAUGCUGCCGUCUGCGAGCUGCUGGGCGACAACGUGAGCGCUUUCGGGCGCCAACGUCUCUGGGGCACCAUCAGUUGGGGCGUCGUGAGCCCGCUGAUCGGAUUCAUGAUCGACGAAGCCAGUGACUCUUCCCACACCGACUACAAGCCGGGCUUCUAUCUCUUCGCGGCCUUCAUGGCCUUGGACGUACUACUCAUAUGCUGCAUGCCCCGCUUGCGUACGGCAGACUUGUCCGUGAACUUUCUCAGGGACAUCGCGACCCUGUUCUGCAACGCCGAGAUCGUGCUGUUCACCGUGUGGACUUUCAUAGUUGGCGCCCUCAUGGGUGUCGUCUGGUCCUUCAGCACAUGGUACCUGGAAGACCUGCACGCCUCUAAGCUGAUGAUCGGCCUGACCAACACGGUGAUGAGCUUGUGCGUGGAGGUACCACUCUUCUUCCUCUCCAAGACAAUACUCGAGCGCAUCGGGUACUACUUUUCCUACUCGGCGGCUUUACUGGCGUUCUCAAUCAAAUUCAUCGGCUACUCGUAUCUUGUCAAUCCCUGGUACGGGCUCAUCGUGGAUAUCGCGGGCGGCACCAUCUUUCCCCUUGCCUACUCCGCCAUGACUGUGUUCGCCAAGCGGGCGGCUACACCUGGGACGGCUGCUUCGAUGAUGUGCAUCUUGGGCUCGACUUUCGAAGGUCUCGGUAUCGCAGCCGGAAACCUGCUGGGCGGAAUGAGCAUCGACAAAAUCGGCGCUCGGCUCACAUUCCGCUACCUUGGCUACUUGUCUGCCGGGUGCGCAAUUUUGUGCACUCUGACCUACCUGUGUCUUCGGCACCUGGGCAGUGGCCGCUUAGGGGCUACUCCCCGAUCGGAGAAGCUCGAACUGACGGGCGCCAAGGAACAGGAUGCCCGGCUGUGUGACAGUGCUGCCAAGAACGAAUGCGCCGAGCGCACUUACUUCUGAGAAUUCCCCGGUUGCUGCGCACAUUGGUUCCCCGGAGCACAGCUGCAAUGAGAUCUCCGACCGUUCCGUCAUCACCCGCAUAAUGACGUUCGGGUCUUCGAGGACACCACAAGAACCUACCCUUACUCAGUGACACUCGAUCCUGCCAUUCUCGCGGCUUUUUAGCAAUUGGGAGACCUGUCGACCUGAUCCUCGAGAACUCUGCGCUGGUGUAUGUGCGACGUGUUCGUGCUUUUUCAAGACAGACCUUGCGAUGCUGAUGAGUAUUGGCAUGAGGUACUAUGUGAAGAUGCCAUGUAUCGACGUUGUCGAUAGAACACUCUGCGCAAAGCGUCAGAAAUGUUGGUAGCUGCUGCUUGAGUCAGGCAUGGUUAUCUUCACUGUCUGAAAGUGUUUUUUUUUUUUUUUUUUUAAUCUCGUUAGAAUUACGCGCACAUAGAACUUGUGCCACCUAAUCUAAGCAUCUUCAGGGUAUUUUAGGUUAGCAUCAUGAAACAAGAGUUGUCUUUUCAUGGUUCGAUACUGACAUUCAUUGUAUCUUCUUCCAAUCGUAUUUCCUGGAAAAUGGUGCUUCUGAGCUUAGUUAAAUGAAACCAUCCUUUGACAUAACUGAUCUGCGCAAAAGAAAUGCACAGUUCGUUUAAGAAACGGCUGUCGCCUUUGCUUGGGCCCACGUGCGCUUAAGAACGGAGCUGCGCACGAUCUGUCACUUUUGGCGUUGGCCACCGCAGUGUUACACUGCGCGUUUUCAUGAAGCGCGAAUUUCUCAUAUAAAAGCGCGCAGCUUUUGCGCGGCUACUGAGGUUACGUGUGUUUUAAAGUGGCAAAAGUAGCAGGUGAGACUUAGUUUUCCCAAAUGCAUUUCGUGUGGCCAAGCAGCCGGCGUUGUAUGAUCGUUACACAUACGAUGCGAUGAAGCUUACGACACGCGCAGGUAUAAGUGUGUGCGUCGAGCUCGUCUCGCGUCGUGUGUUAAAAUCGUCGCGCUUGUUGUACUGCAGAGCAGCUACUGUUCUCAGAGCAGCUACUGUUCUAGGCGAGGUGAUGUCAAAAAUAUUGAGAAAAAAAAUUCUUGCCUUGGUCAGAAGCGGUUCACAAGAUCCGAUAUCAGAAUCUCAUUUGUUCUAUCGCUUUUUUUUAAAUACCUGCAGCUUUACGAAGAAAACGGGAGUUGUGCAUACGGUUUUUCUUAUCCUUUCAUGGAAGAACUUUAUUGCAUGGUUGCAUUUCAAAAUGCGUCGCCGGGAAAGGUGGGUUUACCAUUAUUGUCGGUUGGAUUUGUGGUAGACCCGAGAUGUCAGCCACUAUACUCAUUUUGCUCCUGAGCUACAUAUAAAAAACGAAAACGACCCAACUUGGGUCGUUAAUUACGUUUUCGAGCUGGAUACUGUUUUACUGGUUUUUGUUCUCAUCUUGACUGCGAAUGGCAGCUUUUGUAUUGUUUCUACGACAGACACAUGUUUGGAUAUUUUGUUAACUCAAUUUUUAGUGUUCUUAUACUGUUUUGAAGAUACGUAUUUGUGCUAUGCUUCGAGGUUUAUAGGCGUCUUUUUUUUUUCUUGCGCAUAUGCACUUAGCGAAACGUAGGCACAUUGUCGCGAAUAAUUACUUCUUAAGUAGCACCAUUUUUACACCAUUAACGCUGAACUUAGCGACCAGUGUCUACAAGUAGCUAUAGUUUUCGUUUCAGAAAGAAUUUUACACCAUGUAUAUUUUCUUCCCGAGCUCACCUAUUUUGGUACGAGUGCCGAGGAGAUUUUGCAGUCAAUAAAGUUUGUUUUCGAAAAUUCAA